GUAAAACACUAUUUAGCCUAUGAGAAUGAAUUGAAGAAUACCAUUUUAAUCAUUUUUCGUGAGAAUUCUCAUACAUUUUUUUCGCAUCAAGGGUAAGAAAUUGUUCGUGAAAUGCCAACCUUGGAGAAUUCCUGGACCCGGAAAGAGAACACCUUGCUCGUUAAAAUCACUCGACAAAGAAGCCUCCAUGAAUUAAUUUUUAUUCCACAAUAGCUUGUCAGAUCACCAACAGUACGCCUUUACCAUAUUGUCAGGUCGAAUUGGUGCCUUCCUCGGGAGUAUGGGUUGAAAGCCAGCAUAUUUCAAAUUUAACUUCUUAGAAGAAAAAUCGUAAGGAGUUCAUUAGAAAAUUAUUGAAAUGGCAAGUAGGUGAGGAGAAGUUGAUCAAGAUGUGUGCAGAAGGAGGAAGUGAUGAGCAUGAAGGACUCGAUCCUGUAUUAUACAAGGCGAUACAAGAUUACGUAACGCUGCAUGCAGAAGACCCACCAGUCAAUUACAACCAAGUUGUAAAUUUGAUGUGUGGUUCACUUCGCACAGCGAAGAAGAGGGUGACUGAAAAAAAAUCGCUGAAAAAUGAAAUAGAAAAAGCCUUAGAUGACAAAAAACAGGGCAGUAUACGACCAUUGUCUAAGAAGGGGUCUCGAAAACAGAAGAAAUCUAAAAAAUCGAAGGCUUCCAUCUUGACUUCUCAUGAGAGUAUUUUAUCUAUCUCCUCAACAAGUAGUCGCUCAAAUAUGGAAGAGAAAAUUAAUCACCUGGGUGGGACAAGUGAUUCACAUACUCAGAAGAAGCAUCAAGCUAGACGACAGUCUAAAGUUGAAGAAGGUUCUGGUGAUUCGGAGGUUCGGAAAUUCUCUAGAUGGAUUGACGGUAUGACGGGAAUAAAAGAUAAUUCAUCUCAUUCAUCAAAAUUCAACCAGAAGGAUUUGACCAUGGGAAUUACAAAUUACAGUUUUUGUAAUCAGUUAGGGGACUUUUCAGUUGAAUCUCAAUCGAGGUGCAGUUCCUUAACUAAAGACAUCAAAACAUCUACUCCAAGAAAGAAACUACAAAGAAAACGGCAUCUGAGUGAUGAUCAAUAUCUGCUCGGACAACGUUCAUCCUCAUUCUUAUCAUCAUCAUUCAUUGUGGACUCGGCUUGGAAUAAUAUAAGCCCCAUAGCCUUAAAAAAGGCGAAGAAAGAUUCGUGUGAGACAGUUGUUUCAAAUUCCACUGAUGGUAAGACUAAAAGAGGGUCUGUAGGUGAAACCGUACAAGGUAAGCAGCCUUUGAGCCCUAAGAACUUGACUCAAGAGGAACAAAAUUCAUGUAAAGUAUCGGCUAUUUCUGCUGGUUCUGUUGACGUGAACAGAAAUAUCUCACAGCCAGCUCUGACAUCAAAUGUGGUGAAUAAUGGGAACAAAGAGAAUAGUUCACUCAUUCAGGGACUGUAA